GGGAGGCGCCUCGCUCCGCCAUCGCCUCCCGCCUCCCUUUCCCUCUCCCGCCUUCGUCCCUGAGGGAGGCUGAAGCGGCGGCGGCGGCUCCAUUCCUCCCUCCGUGACACACCGGGGCCGUCACCGCCUGCCUGCCCCCCUCCUCCGAGUAGGAACCAGCGCAAAGUAUAAUGUGUGAAUAUUACUGACAUCAUGACAGCUGUUAGACAGAGAAAGGGAAUAAAAGCCACAGAAGUUCCAGAAGAGAGUGUAUUCCACGAGAAGAACUGGAAACUUAAUGGAAAAACUCUAGCUGGUGGAAAAUUGUGGAAGAAACUUUCACUCAUCGUUGGUGGAAUCGUUGGCAUAUCUCUGGGAAUCUUCACUUCUGUUUAUGUUGCUACACUACAUGAAAAUGAUCUAUGGUUCUCCAACAUCAAGGAGGUAGAGCGGGAGAUUUCAUUCAGGACAGAAUGUGGCCUGUAUUACUCUUAUUACAAGCAGAUGCUACAAGCUCCAUCCAUUCAACUAGGUUUACAUCGCUUGAUUUUUGACAAUAAAACUGAGUCCAUGAGGACAAUUAACAUACUUGAAAGAAUGAAUGUUUACCAAGAAGUCUUUCUCAGCAUUCUGUAUAGGGUUUUUCAUAUGAAUAAUUUUUUUGAACCUGUUUAUUUUUACAUCUACACGUUGUUUAGCCUUCAGGCAGUCUAUGUUGCUGCUCUGUAUGUGACCAGCUGGCUUCUCAGUGGAACUUGGCUUUCAGGUGUAUUAGCAGCCUUCUGGUAUAUCACAAACAGAACAGAUACCACCCGGGUGGAAUUCACCAUUCCAUUAAGAGAGAACUGGGCCCUGCCAUUCUUUGCUGUUCAGAUAGCAGCAAUUACAUUCCUCUUCAGAUCUCAUCUGCGACCCACUCAUGAAAGGCUGACACUUCUGGCAGUAUUUAUUUCAACUUUCCUCUUCAGCUUGGCUUGGCAGUUUAAUCAGUUUAUGUUGUUGAUCCAGGCAUUGGUUUUGUUCACACUUGACUGUCUUGACUUGCUUCCUAGAGGAAAGGUGACCUGGAUCUACAUAAUACAAGUGGCUAGUUUGCUGCUUGUUUGCCUCCUACAGUUCUUUAAUUCCAUGAUAGUGGGAUCAUUACUUAUAAGCUUUAAUUUGUCCACCUUGUUAGCAAGAAAACUCCAGAAUAAUCUGAAAACUGGUGGCUUCUUUAGCAAGCUUGGGAAGCUCUUCCUUCAUGUACUCUUAGUGCUGUGCUUGACAUUUCUUGCAAAUAACUUUAUUAAGAAAGUUCUUAAUCUGGAGUCAGAUGAGCAUAUAUUUAAAUUUCUGAAGGCAAAGUUUGGAUUUGGAGCAACAAGAGAUUUUGAUGCUAACCUUUACCUGUGUGAGGAAGCUUUUGGUCUUUUGCCUUUUAAUACUUUCACAAGACUUUCUGGCACUUUAGUUUUCUAUGCCUAUGUAUUUGUGCUCUUGGUGAUGACCAUAACAUCUGCUGUGGUUGCUUUUCAAAAUCUCAGUGGCUCUGUGAACAACAAACCUGCGGAUAAACUGCAAAAGUGCAUAACUCUGCUGAAACCAGGUGUCGCUUACAAUUUAGUGCACACCAUUCUGUUUGGAUUGCUGGCUUUGAGCACAAUGAGGAUGAAAUAUAUUUGGACUUCCCACAUAUGUGUGUUUGCAGCUUCUGGUCUGUGCAGUAGUGACAUGUGGGGGCUGAUCUUGAGAUUUGUCCAUCUUUACACACCACAAAGGGUUUCUGUGAUUAGAUAUCUGACACCAGUACUCAUAUUACUGUAUCUUUGUUACAAGUUCUGGCCUGGUGUGAUGGCUGAGCUGUCGGAGCUGAGGGAAUUCUAUGACCCAGACACAGUGGAGCUGAUGAACUGGAUUAAGUCUAACACCCCCAAGAAGUCAGUGAUUGCUGGAAGCAUGCAGCUCUUAGCAGGCGUCAAGCUGUGUACAGGAAGAAUUUUAACAAAUCACCCCCACUAUGAGGACAAGAGCCUAAGAGAAAGAACAAAACAGGUUUAUCAGGUGUAUGCAAAAAGAUCUCCUGAAGAAGUCCACAGGAUCCUCAGAUCUUUUGGAACUGACUUUGUGAUCCUGGAGGACAGUAUUUGUUAUGAAAGAAGACACAACAGGGGCUGUCGGCUGCGUGAUCUUCUGGACAUAGCAAAUGGCCACACCAUGGAUGGUCCUGGGGAAAAUGAUCCUGAUUUAAAACAUUCGCCACAUCCUCGCUUCUGUGAGGAAAUCAAACGAGACCUGCCUUCAUACACAAUGUAUUUUGCUAAAGUAUUUCAGAACAAAACAUUCCAUGUUUACAAGCUCUCUAGACAUAAAAAGACUACAUAGCUUUGCUGUGACCGCAGCAGCUCAUGCCAAGAGUUUACAGAAACGGUUCAUGGGGCGGGGUGGAAUCAUUGUACACUGGGUUAAGUGUUUUACCUUUUAAUUACUGUGAUCAUUAGAAAGGGUUUGUGCUGAUAAUGUUUUUGUGUGUCCAGAACGCUUUUCUAGACUACAGAAGGCUGGUUCAGAAAGGGCUCUGGUGCAGACGCUGUACAAGUGGUGUGGUGCAAGCUCCAGCCUGACAUCUUCAGUGUCAUGUGGGAGUGACUCUUUUGUGAAGCACGAUGGCACAUCCCCCAUGAAAACGGUGCUCAGCAUACAGAGAAGGGGGGUGGGGUCUGAGACUUAGUCUCACCUGCAUUGCACUCAAAGCAUACUUACCCAGGACCUCUGUGGACCAGCUGUUGUGUCUUUCCAUCUACUGCUAAUCUAGGGGAGUCUGCUCAGGGUUCUGGCUUGCUAACAUGAUCCUGUUGAUACCAUUAGUGUCUUGUUGUUGCUUCUUUGGUUAUUUUCCUUAGGGUGCUUGGGAACACCAAUCCAGAAACAUUUACUUGGGAGUAGUUUCUCCAGAUUUUUCUUGGUGCUUUUUCCAUGGUUGCUUAAGCAUCACAGACUAAUCUUCUGUUGUCUCAGCCCUCAACCCAGAUCCCAGCUGCCAAAGUGCUUAGGGUGUAUAUACCAGUGACCUUUUCCUUUUCUAAUGCUAGGACCCAGAUGUGAGCUCUGUAAUAGCCAUCAGCAAUGCAAUGCUUUUGGUAACCUUCCCUUCACACACACACCCUGCUCUCCCUUGCUUCUCUCUCAGACAGCACAGCUCUGAGGAUACUUGGCCUUCUGCUGACAAGGAUGGAGCUGCCAGUGUCUUAGCAGCCACUGUGCAGCUAAGGGCAAAGUAACCCAAGAACAUCCCUGCAUACGGUUUUGCUCUUAGCAGGGACUAAAAAGUGAGGGUUUUCCCCAGCAGGGACAGCUAUGCUGUUCUUGCCACAGCAUUGUCUUUGUGCCAUUGCUCAUGCAACACCAGGUCCUUAAUUUUUGCUGCAGGUUGAUCUGCCCCAAAGCAAAGCUCUGGGCCUUGUGUGGGUGCUGUUGCCGAAGACCAUAGUCCAGCAAAAGGCUUGUGUCCAUCAUUUGAACAUUGCCCCCCCUUCCUCAUUGUAUGGUACUUCUCAAGUUCUCUUGACUUUCAAACACUUGUUGCUCAGCAUUCCAUUUGUAAUGUUUAGUGGCUGCUUGUUUUACCUGUGGUUCCACACUUGAUGACUGAUUUUUGUGUGUGGUUUUCAAACUUAGAAGACUGGAGCAUGUUGGCUUUCUUCGUUUUUCUUUUGAUAAUGUAGCAUGUUGUGGUGUCCUGUAUUUCAACCUUUCAGAGGAGCUUUUACAAACAAGCAAAAUACACCCCAUUUCCCCUCCUGCAGAUUACAAUGUUCAAUUACUGUAUUCUGUUCUCCCCCCCACUUCUAAGUGUGUCUUUUUAAGUAAGAAUGCCAAACCCAAGCUAAACACUGUCAUGAGCUUCGUUAUUAAAAGCUGUAGGGUAUAUUGUGCUUUAAGGGAGAUUUUUGCUUUAUUGUAUGUGACAAGUACUUACACAAACCGUUUCCUUUCAAAGAUCCUUCCCCCCUUCAAUGUUUUUCCCCUCCUUACUUGGACAAAAAACAACAACCCCAUGAAUUAUGUUCCUUAUGUUGAAGCAAAUAGAUUUCACAUUUUUGUACUUUUAUGAAGACUAUCAACUUUAUAAUGCUGUGCUUUUUUAUUAAAAAAAAAGUCACUGUGAUGUUUUUAAAAGCUAAUUUUAACAUUUUUAUAUGAGACUUAUGGCAGGGUUGGUUUGGAAGUAGAACUUUCCCAGUCAUUAACAAGUAACUUGGCAGCUGUAGGCACAAUCUUUAAUAACUUCAAAGUCCUAUUCAAAUGAAUGGGAGUUGGGCAAGGCCACAAUCCAUCUCUUGUUAACUCCAUUUUUCCCUGGUGUAAUAAUGGCCAGUGUUCACUUCUGGUGCAAAAUCUGAUGGUAAUCAAAUGCCUCUGGGAAAACAUCAAUAGGAAGCAUAUUUGGCCUGCUCAAAUAGUUCACGUAAGAAAAUUGUUGCAAUUAAUUCCUAACGAUGAGAAACUUGCAGAGCUUCAGCUAGCCUCCCCCACAUUUAAUUAAAUCAAGAUGUGUAAUGAGAUUAAAGUUCCCCAACUGAGCUAUGUUCCAGUUCCCAAUGAUUUAAACACUUUUCCCCUCUGCAGUUGUUCCUUGGUAAAUUACUGCAGGGCUAGAUAGGGUUUUGUCACCCUCGCACAAAAUAAUUUUACAUUUAGGCGCAAGUAUUCAUUAAAUAACAUGCAGGAUCCUUCUGCGCUUUCAUCCCACCACCACCAAAAGGAAAGCAGACUUUAAUCAGCUCGCACUUAAAUCAAACCUGGAGGUGAGCCAUGGCAGGAUUUUUAUUUUUUAUUUUUUUUAGUGAGGAAGCAAAGCCCCUGAAUAAUUCCUACUCUGUUUCCCUUAAUGAGGUUGGAGCCCACUGCCGCUUCAACAUAAUACAAUAAUAAAACAUUCUAAUAAGUAGUAAAACUUUAAUUAAGCCUGUAGUGAUGUGUGCCUGAUCUUGCUGGGAGCCUGGGUCAGCAGAUUGCUCGCUGGUAAUGCUGCAUGCUAAUUCAGGAUAAGCACAUCCUAGGCAUGGUGGAGUGAGAUAAGGUUGCCCUGUCCUUUGGAGACAGUGGGCAUAAUCAGCUGAGGAUGCAUGCACUCGGGGCCACUUUGCCCAGAACAUUAUGCACCUGUCUCCCAAGCAGCCCACACAGCCGCAGUAUAUCAGGCCUCAUCUUAUUUUAAGCCUUAAGCUCGGCUAGUGUGGAGGAGUAGGCAGAGAUAUGACAACCUGCAUGUGGUUCUGAGGUCUUCUUGCCACUGUCAUACCAUAUGCAAAACGGGGCAUGGCCAGGUGGGCACUUGAGGUGCUGGCAGCUCACCACUCUAGUACCUGUUGCUUAACUUCAGCUUCCCCAGCAAGAAUUCCGAUAGCACUGCUGUCUUUUUUUAAAAAAAAGAACACUGACCCAUGCACUGUUUCAUUAUUUUCACGUCACAUUUAUUAUUACCAAAUAUGUAUGAUCAAAUAUUGCCAUCUUAGAAAUGCAAGCUUU